CUGCUGUGAGCACCAUGGACGGGCCGCUGCAGAUGCCUCACAAGUGGAAGGACAUGGUGUACUACACGACCCUUGGUUCAGGCACCUCCAAGGCGAAGACCUUCAUGGAGAAACCGUCGACCGUCCUGACCAAGUUCAAGAGCUACAAGGCCGAGUACACGAAAGUGUGGCUCUGGCUUGACACAUAAGUCUUGCAGGCAAGUCGGAUUCCCAGCGCAGCGUAUUUCCCUCUCUCGUGGCGUCGCACACUCCGAAAACCGGGAGACGAAAGCAAUGCAACCCUAAUUUCGUGUGUGGAAAACAAAAUCGACGGUGCUUGACGUGAGGAUCUUCGUAAAAUCACGAGGCUUCUUUAUGCCUGUGUUGGUCAAGCAUGUGUGUGCGUGCGUGUGUUUGUCGUAAAGUAGUCUACACAAAACGGGAGGAUGAAGNAGUCACACACACACCUUCAUUGGUCAGCCGGUUACCGCGGUCGAUGCCAAAAAUCAAAAUACAAACACACGCAUAGCGACAGAGACAUGGACAAGGGAGGAGGGAGACACACCACCGGGAGAGCGAGACGGGAGGGUGUGCCCUGUACUACUGCUGUUGGCUAUCGGUGGAGUAAGCGAGAGAAGCGAAGAAGCGUUUGGUUGUUGUGCGUCGUUGUUGUUGCGCGCUUUUUGCCAGCAGCGUUUUUUUUUUCGCGUGAAUCAGCGAGAGAGGCUCUUCUUGGAAGAGAGAGCCACACCAACACGCUACUAGACGCCACCAUUGAUUGUGCAUGCACUGCUGUGCACCUCUCUAUACUUUUGUGCGAGGGCCUACUGCUGUGGUGUGUCACCUGUGCCUUCCUUGCUAGUCUGGUCACCUGUCACACGCGUGCCUUUGAGUUGCCAAUUCAAAAACAGGAAAGAAACGUUUAGAUAAAGGGCACAUGUUUUUUUUCUGCUAGAUGAUUGCCACCCCCCCGACGACUCGAAACGCACCAGCCUACUGCAGGUAUAUAGCUUGUACUUCCCACCCUCUGGUUUUGCCCCGCAAAAUGAAUGACAUGACGUAGUUGGGCGGGCCUCGUCGUAAACAAAAAAAUAACGAAGCCGGGACAGCAGCAACACUAAAGGUUGAAAACUUGUUGCUACGCAUUGUCGAAAACACUGCUGUAAUAUAAUUACGUAACCGCUCACCGCGAAUCCGUUUUGUUCCCUGUGCGUCUUUUUUUUUUGUGUCAGGAACGACAAGAACACACCGU